CUAGUUACACCCAACGGCCCCCAUCCCCCACUGCUGUCGACGCUGUGUCCCCAGUGUCCCGAGGGUCUCCUAAGAGGCUGGAUCUUCCUCGCUGCCCGGCCUUUGGGGAACUUUCCCAACUUGAGGAUGGCAGCAAAGAAUUUGGAAAAUCAGGAUUCUCCAAUUUUUCAACAUUCUUAGUGAAUAAAGAAACUGAAACCUUAUUUAUCGGCGCCAGGGAUGCUGUCUUUGCCGUUGACAUGAAUGACAUCACUAGAGAAGUGGACCGUGUGUAUUGGUUUGCUACUGAAAAUAGGCAGCUGGAGUGCAUCCACAGGGGGAAAAACAAAGUACAAUGUCGAAAUUAUAUCCUCCUUCUCCACAAGAUAAAUGAAACAACUUUUUAUGUUUGUGGGACUAAUGCAUUUCAUCCAAUUUGUGACUCCAUGGUUAUCAACAAUACAGAGAUGCAUCUAGAGGGAAAGGAAAAGGAGAGCAGAGGGGAAUGUCCAUUUGAUCCCACUCUCAAGUAUAGCUCCGUGUUUGUUGAUGGUGCACUUUACUCUGCUACCUACAACAACUUUUUGGGUACUGAGCCUAUUAUAUUUCGAGGAUUAGAAAAUCGUUUAAGGACAGAAUUCAAAACAUCUUGGUUGAAUGAGCCCAGAUUUAUUCAUAUGGAUUUCAUACAAGAGAGCAAGGAAAAUGCUGAUGGAGAUGAUGAUAAAAUUUAUGUAUUCUUCACUGAAACAGCUAUUGAAUUUGAAUUCUAUGAGAAACCUCUAGUUUCAAGAAUUGCUCGUGUCUGCAAAGGUGACCUCGGGGGAAAGCGACUAUUACAGAAGAGAUGGACGUCAUUUUUAAAAGCCAGCCUCAUCUGUUCUCUUCCAGAGUCAGAUUUCUACUUUAACAUUGUUCAGGAUGUCUUUUUACUUAAGACAGGGAACUGGAGAGAAACUAUCUUUUAUGGGAUUUUUAUGCAACAGUGGGGGAAGUUGGAUACCACUGCAGUUUGUGCUUACAGUAUGAAAACAGUUCAAGAUGUUUUCUCCAAGGGAAAAUACAAAGCACUUAUAACCCUGGAAAAUUCUCAUGUUAAAUGGGUGAUGUACAGAGGAGAAGUUCCUAUCCCUCGACCUGGUGCCUGCAUUGACAAUUUUGCUCGGAGCUUUGGAUAUAAUACUUCUCUCGAUUUGCCUGAUAAAACCCUACAGUUUGUGAGAGAUCACCCAUUAUUGGACACUGCCCUUCAUCCAAUUGGGGGUAUACCUGUGUUACUGAAAAGAGGCUCAAUUUAUACUAGAAUUGUUGUAGACAGAAUAUUUGGUCUGGAUAAAAAAACCUAUGAUGUCUUUUUCCUAGUCACGGACCAUGGCUAUUUGCACAAAGCUCUCAACUGUGAUGGGGAUAUGUUCAUUGUGGAGGAGUUACAACUGUUCCAGACACCAGAAUCUGUGCAAUCCCUCAAACUGUCUGCAGAAAAAGGCUUGUUGUAUUUAGCAUCAUCUAGUCGUGUGAUUCAAGUCCCUGUUGCUGUGUGUAGCCGAUACCAACAUUGCCUCGAUUGCCUCUUAGCUCGAGAUCCUUACUGUGCUUGGGCCCAGAACCGGAGCCAGUGUGUCUCUGUGGUGGACCACACUAAUAACUCUGAGGUUUUAAUUCAGAAUAUUAAAAAUGGAGAUGUUUCAGAGUGUCCCAAAGUGGACAGGCCCAUCCAAAAUGUUACUGUCAGAGCUGGGGACAGCAGCCAACUGAGAUGCUCCCCCCUGUCCAAUCUGGCCUCCACACUGUGGCUAUUCAAUGGCAGACAUCUUCAAGCAGAAGAAACCAAGUACCUCCUCUACCGUCAAGGACUGCUGGUGUUUAAUGUAACGAAGGCUGAUGCAGGACGCUAUGAUUGUCAGUCUGUGGAGAAGGUCAGUGGGAGAGAAUUAUUCAUCACUGUGGAAAGCUAUAUCCUCACCCUUCUAUCAGAGAGUUUGGGGAGCUUAGUGCAAGGCAGCUCCGAGUGGCCCCAAGUUGUGACGAUUUCUCCACGCUUUCGAUCAGAUUCUAGCAAAUAUGGGCACCUUGGCCACGGGGGAGCCCAGAAUGAGAAGAUCCUCUCCAAAAUAUUCAUCGUGUUGUUUGCCUUUCUCUUUUUCUCCUUACUCUCUUGGAAUUUUACCAAAGGCCUUGCAUGCCUGCAGUCUUGGUUUCUAGGAAAAAACAGAAAUACAAUAAAAAUAGAUAGCUUGGGAGAGUCUCCCUCAGAAACUCAGGAAUCGGUUCCUCAAAAGCAGGUGAACAGCUUCUCCUCUCUGAUGCCACUUGUCAUCUCUUCUCCAGACGAUCCCCCCAAGAAUUCUAGUGCCAGCACAAUAGGGCUGUGAAACACUCUUCAUGCCACCCAGGUGCUCUAAAGGCCACUGUAGUGAAUAACUGUUCCAAAGUGCAGAAACUGAAGGGGGCCAGCCUCAUCACACCCCAAAAGGCAGAGCCAAGGAAUGGAGACCAGAUGUUUCUUCUGCAUCGCCCUAGCAAACCUGGAUUCCUUUUCUGACACAUACCCUAAGCUUUAAUUUAAAAUAUCUUUAGAUUUGCCUCACCCCCCUGCAAAAAAAAAAGGAGAGACAGACAGACAGACAAAAGAGAGAAAGACAUAAAGAGAAUAAAAAUGUUUUGGAAAACUGGUUCUCAAUCCCUGAUUUCUAUAACUAUGUCACUUAGUGUGGUUCCCUGGAAAGAAUACUGGACUUUGAAUAAGGAGGCGUAAG